ACAUUGCUUUCUCCACAGAGAGCUGGUAACUUCUGGAAAGUGUGGGACAGACCUGGAGAGGAGACUCCUGCCUCAACCUAAGGGGUCAUCUCUGGGUUCAGACCUACCCACAAGCUCCUCCCUCUGCCAGGAGAGCAAGGACAUGCCGCCUAAGAGUAAAGACAAAGGGAGGAAAGCUGUGGCACAAAAGAAGAAAAAGAACUCGGGUGCUGAUGUGGAGGCGGAAGCCAAGCAAAGGCUGCUGCUGCUGGAGAGAGAGCUGCUCCGAGACCAGCUGGCUCUCCGAAGGGAUGAGGCCCGCCGAGCGAAGGCUGCCAAAGAGCAGCUGACCCAGAGGUUGCAAGGCUUGGAGGCUGAGCUAGAAGGGGCCCGGAGCGAAACAAAGGCUAUAUAUGCAGAGAUGAGCCGCCAGCAACAAGCCCUGCAGAAGAAGAUGGCAGCCCAAAACAAGCAGCUGGAAGAGCAAGCCAGGGACCUUCGGGAGCAGCUAGAGACAUGCCAGAGAAAGGCGAAGACUGCAAGGGAAGAGGCUGAGCAAGCACUUGGAGAGCGGGACCAGGUCCUGGCUCAGCUUCGGGCUCACGUGGAAGACAUGGAAGCCAAGUAUGAAGAACUCUUACAUGGCAGUCUGGACCAGCUCUUGGCCAGGAUGAGAGCCGUGAGGCCUCAGUGGGAUGGAGACGUCCUGAGACUCCACGCCAGGCACAAGGAGCAGCUGCGCCAGUUUGGACUCAACCCUCUAGAUAUUUGAGACUCGUCGUUCAUCUCUGGAGCCACACAGUAAAGUCUCCUUAUGGAGAACUCAAUAGCACCGUGGGCUAUGACCUUGAACAGAGAAGAGCAGCCCUGAUGGGCACAUCUCAAUUCUAGAUUGACCCAGGAUCCUGGAGACUGAAUGACAGGACAGAAAUAUGACAAGGUCCCAACAGUUCUCUUGUAGAAGAAACUAGGUCCCACCUGUUAACCCUGCCCCCCCCCCAUGUACUUAAACUACCCCUGCUUAUUUACCACCAACUCAAACACAGCCAAGUUUCUAGGGGAAGGCUAUUUUAUUUUGGUUUGUUUUUGCAGUUCUGGGGAUGGAAC